CGCGCGUGCGUAUGCCGAAUUUGAAACAUAAAAAUAAGUCAAUCAAAAUUUUAGUAGUUUUUUGGUUAUUCAUAGUUUUUAUUAUAAUUUAAAAAUCAAAAAAAUAUUAAGACAUAGAAAUGUGAAAUUAUUGGUGUUAAUUCUUCAAACUUCGUUAGAAAAUACCAUCGGCGAAGCAAAACGGGCCUAAGUCUCCACAUGUAUCAGAGACCUCGAAUCCGUCUACGUCAGGCCUUAUGACAGACAAACCGAACGAAGACAGAAUGCGAAAAUGUGAUGAUGAAGCCUCAACCAAAGAAAAUGAAGGUUCGGUGUCGGAUUGGAUAUCGGGAGGGCCUCUGGGCUCUAAGGGCGCCGUUCUGGUAUUCAGAUCGUGCGUCCUUGCAUCUAGAACUCCUUCCGUGGAAUCGGAGACCAAAACGGUAGGGAACAACACGGGGACAACAAUACUACUGAAUAAAGCUAAGAAUAUGGCGCGGAGAUUGGUAGCGGAACCGCACACGUUUUCUAUGAGAUCGAAGAAUAUAAUGCACGAUGUUAUGGAGACUUUUGGGAGUAGCAAUAAUAAGUAUAAUGGGAAUGCUUACGUGGUUCGGCAUGUAAGUGAUUCCAAUCUCGCCGAGACGGUGUGUGUGGACGAACAGGGACACGAGGAACGGGACCCUAGUGCACACAAGAGGGAUAUCGAAGACGUGCUCCAUGACUUGAGUAAGAUCACGCUGAAGAAACAUCUGAACAUAGAGAACACGACUGCUAACAUCAAGCCUCCUGAAGAGCCGCCGCCCCAUGGUGCUUCUAAAGAUGGUAAAGAUGACAAGAAAGGAAAGAAGAACAAAGGGAAGCACAAGCGGAAGACGCCGGUGUCACAGCGAGCCACUUCACCUAAUCUCGACAGCGACGACUCUGAACGUCUGCUGGUCAAGGAGGUAGAGAGCGUCAAGGUCCUAGAAAGUAGUCAUAUGCCAGCUCGUCUUCUGAAGAUCACGUAUAAACUGGUGAAUACCGAGACCAAACUCCUGCACCGGUUACUCCAAGCCCACGGUCUUCAAGAGGCGGUUUCGGAUACCAAGGACUUCAACCUUCUCUGGUCUGGUCUUCACCCGAAGCCUGACGUCCUAAGAUCCCUGUCACCCUAUCAACGAGUGAAUCACUUUCCCAGAUCCUACGAGCUGACCCGUAAAGAUAAACUAUUCAAGAACGUAGAAAAAAUGCAGUAUUUCCGAGGUUUGAAGCAGUUCGACUUUAUACCCACCACAUUCCUAAUGCCGGCCGAGUAUAAGGAGUUAUGCUCCACCCAUUACCGAACUAAGGGGCCCUGGAUAGUCAAGCCGGCCGCCUCAAGUAGAGGUCGCGGGAUUUAUAUUGUUAAUUCUCCGGAGCAGAUACCAAAAGGCGAGAAUGUAGUAGUAGCAAAAUAUAUAGACAAACCUCUUUUAAUAGGAGGUCAUAAAUGUGACCUCCGACUCUACGUGUGCGUGACCUCUAUAGACCCUCUCCUCAUAUAUUUGUAUGAGGAGGGCCUCGUGAGGUUCGCUACAGUGAAAUAUGACAAGACCAACAAGAACCUCUGGAAUCCUUGCAUGCAUCUCUGCAAUUACAGCAUCAAUAAGUACCACACGGAUUAUAUCAAGUGUGACGACCCCAACGCCGGCAACAUAGGUCACAAAUGGACCCUGUCAGCCUUGCUCAGACACCUACGUAAGCAGGGCCGUAAUACUACAGCAUUAAUGGCCGCUAUAGAGGAUCUCGUCGUCAAAUCCAUACUGUCCUCAGCUCAAACCAUCACUGCGGCCGCCAGGGUAUUUGUACCUAACUUCUUUAAUUGCUUCGAGUUGUUCGGCUAUGAUAUUCUCAUCGACGACAUGCUGAAACCGUGGCUGUUGGAAAUCAAUCUAUCUCCCAGCCUAGCGUGCGAGAGUCCCCUGGAUGCCCGUGUAAAGUCUGCCCUAUUGGCAGACACCCUCACCCUGGUAGGGCUCCCCGCUGUGCCCAUGACCAAGGCUGACAUCUCCACCCAGAGCAACUCCCUCAAGAUGAGGAUUGGAGCGUGUCGUCGCGUUCACUCGGCGGAGAAUGUAUUCGUGCGCGGCAAGCGAACGUCGUCGGAGGCGCACGGCAGCGGCGGCAGUGGCGGGACCACGACGACGGGGACCACCACUUCUGGCUCGGGCUCCGCGGCCUCAGGCCUCGCCUCCCUCACUGGGGAGGAACUCCGCCUUGUACGCGCCGUGAGGGCGCAAUACGCCCGCCGUGGUGGCUUCGUACGCAUUUUCCCCUCGCAAAACUCCUGGCAGAAGUAUUCGCAGUAUUUAGACCCGGUGACCGGGAUCCCGGUGUGCUCGACGUCGCUGAACAACAACAUCCCGUACCAGGUGGUGCAGCACAACUACAACCUCCUCGUGCACUCCCACGUCCUCCCACACUUCCAGCACGCCACCGUCGCCACCAGCCUCACCGACACUCCGCAGAGAUUAAAGCGUUACGAAGCAGUAAGUAUAACUUGCCAGGCGCCGGCCGUCUGGUUGGGAGAAACCACUCCGCAACAUCACGACACCAGGAGAGCUAAGGAACUUGUCAAACGACAGCUCAUGGACGGCAUGAAGCUAACGAUGGGUGAAGCUCGUCGCGCCUUCGGCCUGUUCCUAACGCACGUCCUGAAGCGGGUAUCGUCCCCCAGCAACGAGCUAGGCGUGGCGCACGCUUCGUUAGUCCUACGGUUUCUACGCAAGGCGUCCGCGUCUCUCCGCAUGCCCUAUAAUGUAAAGGGUCCCCCGGCCAAGAUGUGCGACAAGGACCGCUGCGCGGUGAUAGCGAAGCAGCUGAACGACUUCCUGUACAUGUACUACCGGGAGACGGACCUCUACACCGACAGCGAGGACAAGGAGGGCUGCGUCUCCAACAUACACUUCGCGCAGUUCCUCUACUCCGCUAGCGAGGCGGACCUUGAAGACGUGUUGCUCCUGCAACUGAAGAUGGAGAACUACCAGACGACGUUCCUGGGCGACGCGCGCAACAUGUUCUGCGUGGACCUGCCCCCCGCCAAGCUCUGCGUCGAGCCCCCAGCCAGGCACACUCUGCUCAAACACCUCGCAUGUCUCUCGCCCAACAACACUAGGAAGUAUAGAUCUGAAUGGAUGACGUGGAUCAACACAGCGGCUAAAUUGGGGCCAACUGACUCCCAAAGCCGGUCGGAGACGGAUACAGAGAGUGAACAAACUCAACCACGCUUCGCCAGCUCAGAUCUGGUCCUCAAGGAAUCACUUAAGGAGGAGAAACCACUCAAUCAAGCCCUUAAAUACGCACGCUCAUAACUCCGUAAGAUCUGACACCUAUAUUUUCCUAAUUAUUAUAAAAUGUGUUGAAAAAAUUUGUGUCGUGUUAAGAAAAAUGGUAUUUAUU